AUGUCCCACCUAGCUCGUGAUCAAGAUCAUCCAGAUGUUUCGUUUCCUCUUCAACCACCUGAGAUACAGAACUGUCCUACACGAAAGGCUUCUCUUUCUUUAGUUCAGAGCCUUCUUCAUGAUGAAAUCGACUCUUUUUGUACGCAGGUUGCUGCAGCAAAUACAGCUAGGAAACCUUUCAUUAAUUGGGCUGUCAAGCGGGUUACUCGGUCUCUGCAAGUGCUAUGGCCUAGGUCCAGGACAAACAUCUUUGGUUCAAAUGCAACUGGUUUGUCCCUUCCAAUAAGUGAUGUGGAUCUUGUGGUUUGCCUUCCUCCAGUGAGGAACUUGGAACCCAUCAAGGAAGCUGGGAUUUUAGAGGGUCGUAAUGCACGCAGCCCGGUAUCUGGCCAAUCAGGAGUGGGUAAAAACGAUUCACUGAAGACUGUGGAGAAUACAGCUAUACCUAUUAUUAUGCUUGUGGUGGAGGUUCCCACUGAUCUGAUCACUUCCACUGCUUCUAAUGUACAAUCACCAAAGGAGGAGCCAAUUCAUUUGACUGGUGAACAUGACAAUCAUGUCCAGUCGAAUAUGGUUGUUUUAGAGGAUUCAAUUUCACCAAAGUGCCCACAACUUAAUUGUGAUAGCAUAAAGGAUGUGAAAUCAGUUCGUCUGGACAUCAGUUUCAAGUCUCCAUCGCACACGGGGCUCCAAACAACACAACUGGUGAAAGAUCUCACGGAGCAAUUUCCAGCUGCAACACCUCUUGCUUUAGUACUGAAGCAGUUCUUGGCAGAUCGUAGCCUUGAUCAGUCCUAUUCUGGAGGCUUAAGUUCCUAUUGCUUGGUGUUGCUAAUUAUACGAUUUCUACAGCAUGAGCAUCAUCUUGGCCGGCCUAUCAAUCAAAAUUUUGGAAGCCUUCUAAUGGAUUUUCUUUACUUCUUUGGGAAUGUGUUUGAUCCUCGUCAAAUGCGUAUCUCAGGGGUUGUUGAAUCUUGUCAUUUCUAUUGUGUAUUGAUUGAUCUGCCACCUGAUGCUGUAGUAUCGAUCCAAUACACAUCGAUGACCCUCUUUUUCCAACAAAUAAUGUGGGGAGAAAUUGCUUUCGAAUACACCAGUGUAUCAAGGUCAGCCUCCACACCACCGUUGUUGCAUUUACUUUAUGAUAACAUGACCCUCAAUUAUGCAAAUAUAUAG